AUGAUUCAUCCUGAAAGCGAAAAUUCUCAAGGGCUCAUUGAAGAUUGCCAACCGAUAUUCGCGAGAAUUCGCGAAAAUCUCGUCGGUGGUCUUGGUCCAUUUGAUAAAAUGGCAGAUAUUAUUGUAAAUUCACAACAUGGUCCAAAUAAUUCAGGUCUAUUUGGUAUCGUACAUUCACCGAUCAAACCGCUUCGCCCCACCUUUACUCCUUCAUCUUCUUCAACAACUUCUCAAUCACAACUGACUGCCGUGCAGAUGGCACAGAAGAUGCAAAGCAUAGUUGAUGCCCCCUUAUCAACAAUUCAGACUAAUCUUCCUUUUAAAAAGAACCAAGAAAGAAAGCAGAAAGUGAUGAAGGGUCCAGAAUCCAACGUACCUUCUACUAGCUCUAUAAAUAAUACCACUGAUUCAGGCAGCAAUAAAUUGUCAUCAGCAUCAGGUCGCUCUGAUGACAUUGCAUACAAGAAACGGAAAAGGAAAAGAAGUGAUUGUAACAGUGCCGACACCGAAAAUUGGCAGAAGUUAUGUGUAAGAGCAUCACCAAAAGCAGAAUCAAAUGAUACUAAGGUGUCAAUGAGAGAGCUGUUCGGGGAAGAGAAGGUAAACGUAGAAAAUGGAAAGAAGCAGACUGAAGGUCUACUGAAGAACACUGAAAAAAAGAUAUUGGAACAAGCUCCAGAAGAAGCCCAAAAAAGCCCUGAUUCCGGAUUUUCUGAAGAAGCAAACGAGAACGCUCGCGAACAGAGGCAACCGCGUGUGCAAAGUAUAAUAGGUGAGGUGAGUCAAAUUUCACCCCUACUAACACCACCGCGGCAAUUGAAAAAUGGAGGUCGUCCAACUCUUCCUGUGAUCAUGAAUCUUGGACGACUAGAUGAUGCUCAGCUCGCGCAUAUUUUGAACUCGUAUAAAUCGAAUGCUUCAUCCUACUUGUCGGCGGUUACCGCACCCAGUUCUGUCUUAUCACCUCCGGUUCGUCCGACAUCAAGAAAUGAAGCAGUUACCACUUGUGAAUCACGUCCUUCACAUCCUUCAGAUACCAAACAGAAGUCGAAAACCACACGAAGUAACACCACCAGAAAAAGUAAUGUGGAAGCAAAAAUAUCAACCACUAAUCAUUCAAAAAAGGAUGAUUCAGUCAACUGUUCAUCAUCAUCUGCCGACAGAAGUCAUGAGUUAACUACGCUCAAAAAUGAUGGUCUGAAAAUUAAGCUCUUAAAGAAAUCAGCUACUCAGUCCGAAAAGACUUCUUCUUCUCCAUUUACCACGUCAAGUACGAAAGAGAGUUCGAAAGAGAAAGACAGUUCGAGCAGUUUUAUUGUUGAACUAGCGCCGAAUACGCGAACACGUGCGCCAACACCAGUACAUCUUAAACGUGCGCAUGCUCCAUUCAAAAAAUUGACUGGACAUGAGCAGAAGAAGAGUGCGAAAGAGUGUAGUGAACAAGAUCAACAAAAAAUAGUUGAGCUGAAGGACGCAAAAAUUAAGAAUGAGCCAGUAUGCGAACGUGAAGCUGUAACUAAGCAGUGGUGUACCGGAAGUAGUAGUGAUGCUAGCAAUUGCGGCAGUCAGGAGGAUAACACAUCUGUAAAAGGCUUGAUGAGUACAACAAGUAAAGAUGAAAAAGCAGCUCCAGCGAAAAGAUCCAGGAUGGAUGCUACUGCUGGCAGUCAUUGUAGUGCUGCCGCUGUGCAGGGAGAUUUCGUGUGCUGCAGAAUUCGCACAGCACCCACGCGAAAAGCUGCAUUAGAUAGGAACGAAGAUGGCUCUUUAAAGCAUGCUACCUAUUACCUUGAAGAAGUUGCUCGACCACUGAAACAUCGGGCAGACAAAGAGUCCACAGACCACGUACGUAAAACGCUUGGUUAUAUGGAUGCUGUAGUGUAUUUCAUACUUUCAUCAGCAGUGGAAAAAGAAAAUAAACAAAGGCAAUAUGCAGUGGUACGAGACAGCGCAGAAUUGAUGAAAACCAUUGUGAAGUGGUCAAGUGCGCCAUCGACAACUCUCUCGCAAAUAGAGUUACAUUUCAUCAGUCGAUUCAGAUUGUUGUCUUCUCGUGUGCAGGCCGUUCUGCAUUAUUCUCUGUAUUCGCUUAAGAUAGGAACUUUUUUGUCCAAUUUCUCAGCUCUUACUAAAUGGGAAUCACAGCUGAUUGAGUUGGAUGCAGUAGCGAUGCGCAACGAUGGAGCCACAUCAGUUAACUCACAAGCUGGUUCCAUUGUAAAUACUGAAACUCCCUCUCCAGCUUCUUCGAUCAACAGUGGUCACGGAGAGCGACAGAAAGAAAUGUCCGUUCCUGUUUGCAUCUAUCAGACUCAGCGUUCACAGCUUAGUAUACUUCAUCAUUUAAUGUGGUCCGAUCGGUUAUGGAAGCAAGCAUUGUGCAAAAUAUCGGAUUCUGAUCUAGAACUCAUAAAGCAUUUGGAUCAUAUAUGUGGGCCACUUGCUGUUGAUUCGAGCUUAUGUUUACUAUCAGAAUAUAUAGCCACAGCAGUAGCAUGGCUUCGGGCAGAAUAUAAAUCAGAAAAAGAGCAGCUAUCAUUUCCACAACAGAAGCAGCUGUAA